UGUCAGUAAGCUCCAGUGUUGGGGCCUGGGUGUUCCGCUGUUGAGUUGUUCUUCCUUCUAUUCAAUUAAUGGUCUCAACGACCUGGAUCAUGGUGGAGGGGGGACCCCCCUGUAGAUAGCCAUAACGAUCAAACAUGGGUCUUCACCGAAUCAAAAUUCUAUGGCUGCUUGCUCUUCGGUUAGGCACUUGGGUGUUCCGCGUACGUCCUUCUUCAGAAAAGUAGUCCAAUUUACAGAGUAGAAGGUGCCCCUGUAACCCUGUUCUUGGUUAUUUGGGUGCUCUCUGCAAAACCAAGCUGAACUGGGUACCUGCUUUUGUGUUUUAUCAUCAAUCAGGGAUGCCCUUACUUUUGUUAGAUAUUAAUUGUUGUUUUCUAGGAACAACUAUCGAAAGAGCUCUACAACUUCUUUAUUAAUUUGGAUAUCUUUUACAGUUCAAGUCUCUGCUACCCCAUUUACCUCUUUUGCUUUUCGGUUUACUUGGUUUGAACUUUGAAGCUUCAGCUAUGGGGACCGCCCUGCUUGUGUCAUUCUUCGUUUCGAUGUGGGUCCUCCUCAGUGGCUUUGUUUACUGCCAAAGACCUGCAGUUGUAAACGUUGGUGCGGUUUUCACUUAUGAUUCGGUUAUCGGUAGAGAUGCCAAGGUAGCUAUGGAAGCUGCCGUGGCCGAUAUCAAUGCGGAUCAGAGCAUUCUCAAUGGAACUCGACUGAACUUAAUAAUGGCAGAUGCGCAAUGUAAUGUUUUCUUGGGCUCUAUUGGAGCUUUUCAGGUACUUGAGAAAGAAGCGGUGGCCAUAAUUGGCCCACAAUCCUCUACAAUAGCCCAUAUGAUUUCGUUUAUUGCCAAUGGACUUCAAGUGCCUCUUAUCUCAUAUGCUUCCACAGACCCAAGUCUCUCUGCCCUUCAAUUCCCUUUCUUUGUGCGGAGCACACAAAGUGAUGCUUACCAGAUGACUGCCAUGGCUGAUUUGAUUGGUUAUUAUGGUUGGAGAGAGGUCAUUGCUAUCUUUGCUGAUGAUGAAUAUGGAAGAAGUGGAAUAUCUUCUUUAGAUAAUGAACUCACAAAGCAAAUGUCAAAGAUUUCUUAUAAACUGGCCUGGCCCACUGGAUCCAAUCUUAGCUACAUCACUGAUUUGCUCAAUAAAACCAAAUUGAUUGGGACUCGUGUUUUUGUUGUUCAUGCUAAUCCUGACUCAGGUAUUGCAAUCUUCUCUGUGGCCCAAGAUCUUCAAAUGAUGACCAAUGGCUAUGUGUGGAUUGCAACAGAUUGGCUUUGUGCUACUCUAGAUUCCUCUCCACUCAUGAACCAAACAUCACUUCAAAACCUGCAAGGAGUAGUUGGGCUUUGCCAGCAUACUCCACAAUCCUUGCGGAAGAAGGCUUUUGUGUCUCGAUGGAAACAUAUGUUCCAGAAAGGUCUUGUAAGCUAUGGAUUGAAUACAUAUGGACUUUAUGCAUAUGACACGGUUUGGGCUGUUGCACGUUCUAUUGAUGAUUUUUUGAAUGAUUAUGGCAACAUCACAUUUUCAUUUAAUAAGGCAUUACGUGGUAUGCAAACAUCGUCUCUGAAGCUGGGAAAACUAAGAACAUUUGAUGGUGGUACUCUUCUACGAAGCAAAUUACUGCAAAUGAAUUUCACAGGUUUAACAGGGCCAGUUCGAUUUGAUUCAGACAGGAACCUUAUUGGAGCUGGUUAUGACAUCAUUAAUAUUGAUGAGAAAACAAUUCGAAGGAUUGGUUAUUGGUCUAAUUAUUCGGGCCUUUCAGUUGUGCCCCCAGAGACAUUAAAGAGGGGACAGCGUCAUGGUUCCCUUUUAGACCAGAAACUCAAAAAUGUCACCUGGCCUGGCAAGAGGACUGAAAAACCACGUGGAUGGGUGAUUGGAGACAAUGGAAGGCCUUUGAGAAUUGGAGUCCCAUAUAGGGCUAGUUUUGUUGAAUUUGUAACAGAAAUUCAUGGCACCAAAGAUUUCCAAGGAUACUGUAUUGAUGUUUUCACUGCAGCACGGGAAUUAGUCCCCUAUGACAUUCCUUACAAAUUUGUGGCUUUUGGGGAUGGCAAGUCCAAUCCCAGUUAUGAUGAGUUUGUGAGAAUGGUUGCGGAAAAUGUGAUUGAUGGAGCUGUGGGAGACAUUACUAUUGUCACUAACCGAAUGAAGAUUACUGACUUUACUCAGCCUUAUGCGGCUACAGGCCUUGUCAUAGUAGCUCCCAUCAGCAAUGGGAAGUCAAGUGCUUGGGUGUUCCUUAAGCCAUUCACAGUGGAUAUGUGGUGUGUUACUGCAUCAUUUUUCAUCUUGAUUGGGGUAGUUAUUUGGAUUUUGGAGCAUCGAAUUAAUGAUGAUUUCCGGGGGCCACCUAGACGGCAGCUCAUAACUAUGUUCUUGUUUAGCUUCUCAACCCUUUUUAAGACAAACAAAGAACAAACUUUGAGUGCACUAGGGCGUAUGGUAAUGAUGGUAUGGCUUUUCCUGUUGAUGGUGAUCACAUCAAGCUACACAGCAAACUUGACUUCAAUUCUUACAAUCCAGAAGCUGACAUCACCCAUUACAGGACUAGACAGUUUGACCACAAGCAGAUGGCCAAUUGGAUAUCAAGUAGGAUCAUUUGCUCGGAGCUAUAUGAUAGACAAUUUUAACAUACCUGAGUCAAGGCUGGUUUCUCUUGGAAGUCCAGAAGAUUAUGAACGAGCACUGAGGCUUGGGCCGGGGAAUGGAGGGGUGGCAGCAAUUGUAGAUGAGCUUCCAUAUGUAGAGCUGUUUUUGUCAAACCGAACUGACUUUGGGAUUGUCGGCGAGAUGUUUACCAAGAAUGGAUGGGGAUUUGCUUUCCCAAGAGACUCUCCUCUUGCCAUUGACAUGUCUACAGCUAUUCUGAGGCUUUCUGAGAAUGGUGAACUCCACAAGAUCCAUAAGAAGUGGUUUUGUCAGAUGGGUUGCACUGAAGGACAAGGACACCAAUCCAAGUCUAACCAACUGCAUAUGAUCAGCUUCUGGGGUCUUUUUCUUUUAUGUGGGAUCGUUACAAUCAUUGCAUUGCUUGUGUUUCUUGCUCGGAUGGUUCGUCAAUUUGUUCAAUACAAACGGAAACAGAGGGACCUUUCUUCUGCCUCAUCUUCUGAGUCUUCAAGUGCUCAUUGUUCUCAGAUCAUUUAUAAUUUCUUUGAUUUUAUAGAUGAGAAGGAGGAAGCUACAAAAAAAAUGUUCAAGCAGUGUGACAAUCCUCAGCCUCAGGCAAGCUGAUUAACACUGAAGAUAUAUCAAGGGAAUUGAUGAGAUUGGUCCAUUCACUGAACCUAGGACAAACCGGCCUUGAAAAAGAUCAAUGCUUCAUUGGGACUUGCUAUUACAAGCAAACUUGUAAAUGCUCAUGUAUAGUAUACAGCUGUUAGAUUUAAGGUACAAAAGGUAUCAUAUGGUUUGAUAAUUUGGCAUUGGUGGGACAUUUCUGUGUAAAACUCAUAAGUGAUACUUUUCUGGGUUAUCUGCAACUCUAAAUCCAGAUGUGAAGCAUGUAAUUACUCAUUUCUGUAGUGUUACAAGUGUGAUAAGUAGGAUGCUGCUGCUAGUGUAAUAUUUCGGUGAUUUCAUUUCAUUUCCUUA